GAGGAAACCUACUUUAUCAACCGUACGAGACAUCAGAAGUUAAUAAGGAGUGGGGAUAAGAAGGUAGUCGAGGGGCCUGACGUAGGUCCCCUCAGGCGUCUUCCCGCUCGAGGGCUUUGCGUGAUUCGUUCGAAGGUCGGUCCACCGUGUGAAGGCAGCUUAAUAGAGAGUAACAUGUGCAACCGAAGAAUAGUGGCGAUGCCGAUGUUGCCGGGGCACGAGCUACACCGUGAUCGCUCUGUUCUCCACGAACUCUGACCGAUACUUAUUCGAUCGUGAUCUUUAAGAUCUAUUAGUGUGAAUUGAAAGUAUAAACGUGUGGAAUUAUUCGAAUCGAAUGAACGAACACUGUUCUUAUGUUGAAGAAAAAAAAAAAGGGGGACAACGAAUUGAUCAAUUGAAGGAAAAAUGAUUGAGAUUGUUUAUACAAGGAGGGGGAUUAAGGAAGGAUAUGGGACGGUGAAUGGGUGGGUGAGGGGGAUGGAAUUGCCAAGUGUUUCUCAAAGUUAACUCGCACAGUGUAUAGGUCGAAUCCUUGAGAGAAGUGGUGUGUUCGCUAAAUUAUACGUUUCCACAUGCAUUCGGUAUAUUGUGAACAUCGGACGCGUUACACGUUGUAACGGGUGGUGCAGGAAAAGUGAACAGUGAAAUCGUCAAAUCGUUUUCAAAUUCUUAAUGAUAUCGAGAAAAUUUAUUAAAUUUUAAUAAGGUGAACGUUCCUCGACAAAUCAAAAGGAUGUUCGCCAGGCUAUGCAGACAAACUCCGAACGGAGACUUGAAGAGGCGACACUCCUGGAACAGCGAAGCGGAUUAUCAAUCUGUGGAAACAGGAGCCGAAACAGUUUCCGGUGAGGAAGGUGACAUUUCGUCUCCUGAAAACGACGAUAGGAUAUCCUACAAGGAAAAUGGCUGUUCGAUGCAGACGGUGGACUUGGUGGCGAAUUGUCCACUUCCGGUGGUGACAGGAUCCUCAAGGUCGCCAUCGCCAUCAAGGUCGUCGACACCCACGACGCCCUUGACACCCGUUGCAUCGACGAGGAGCAUGGGGCAACGGCCAAGUACACUUUUGCGUCCGAAGAUCUCUUUGACUUGGGUCCUCCGUGGUCAGCAACAACAACAACAACAACCGCAACAACAACAACAACCGCAACAACAACAACAACCGCAACAACAACAACAACAACCGCAACAACAACAAUCACAGCAACAACAACAACAAUCACAGCAACAACAACAAUCUGGAAAUACUGGAAAUACUGGAAAUGGAAAUCAUUCAGUUUCCAACACGACGGGAACAAACGUUCAUCGUGAUACACUUUCCCAUGAAAGCAGAGAGGUGUCCUCUAGAAGAAGCAUCAAAAGUGAUAAAGAAAAGGAUGCUGCCAAGGAGAAUAUCGUGGGACAAGAAAAACGUGAAAAGAAGAUCCUUCAACGAAUUGAAAAGAUCGACAAAAUGGAGAAGUCGAUCAGCAAGGAGACGAUAAUUGACGACAAAACGAUCGAGAGUCUGUUAGAGAAAUAUCCGGAAAAGGAAUUGUUCGCAAGCGCGAAAGAAACGAGAGAAAAAGAAAAAGUAAAGAAAGCCGUUUCCGAACCCUCACUCGUAUCUCGUGAAUCAACGUCGACCCCAAAUAGUCGUGACAAACACAGACACAGACGUACAAAACGUCCACAUAAAACGAGACCACCCAGUAGAUUUGGUUAUGAGAUUGCCGACCUUGAUGCAUUUUUAACAAAGGCAUCCAUCGAGAGACCAGCUAACAUCCCAGUUGUUUUAUCCUUUCCAUCGGUCUUAUAUCAAACGCAAGGUGGUACACAGGACGAGAUGGCUCUACCGCUUGGGACAGUAGUAAAUGCAGUUUUUAAAAAUCAAACCUGGCUCUACGUGCAAACACCACAUGGCCAAGAAGGAUAUGUCGGAUAUGCAGCCUGUUUACCACUAGGAAUAUUACCGCAACCUACGCGUGGUCCAUGUUGGGAAGAUUCCACUGAUGUUUUUCCACGUCCAUUGGGUAACAUGACUGAUACAGAAAAAUUAAGAGACACAAGAUCUGAAUGCGGUGCACGAAGUAGAAACGCCAGAGUAAGGAGAGGCUCACGAGAUGCAGUUUCCGCUUGCGGAGAACGCAGUGUCGAUAGAUUGUAUCUAAGAGCAGCUGCAAAUGCUAAAACGAAAGGUGCCAGGCAUACAUUGCUCGUCAUACGUAACGAUUACGAAGGUCGUGGUGCAAACUCUUUGAGUGUUUCUAAAGGUGACGUCGUUGCUCUUUUAAGCGAUCACGUCAAUGAUUGGUUUUGGGUUCGAUCAAGAGAUGGUAGGGAAGGUUUUAUACCGGCUGUGGUUGCUGGUCAUGGUUUCUUAUAAAGAAAAAAAAAAAAAAAAAAAAAAAAAAAGAAAAAAAAGGAAAAAGGGAAGAAGGAAGAAGAAGAAGAAGAAGAUUCAGUCAUGCGUAGUAUCCAUUGAUUUGAUUUAAAAACAAUGGUACGAUAUUGUACAUUUGUUGUAUAAAAUUUUAUAUAUGGUGUGCAAAAUGUUAUUGUAAUAAUAUAUAUUUAUUACUUGGACCGAAAAAAAAAAAAAAGAUUAUAUCUUUCGUAAA